UCUAUUCUAUUAAUUUAUAGCUAUAAAAAUACAUGCAUGAACGUAAUAUUAUUGUCUCUGUCAAAUUUGGCCUUGGCUCUUGCAGAUCGCCGAGUAUCGGUGUAAGUCUGGGCAAAGACUCGAGCAAAAUGAAGAAGAUUGUGAUGAAGGUAUCGAUGAAUUGCCGGAAAUGCCAAACGAAGGCGCUCAAAAUUGCUGCUACAGUAGAUGGUGUGAGUUCUGUGGCGUUGGGAGAGGAAGAAGACAGAGUGGUGGUGAUUGGGGAGACAGUGGACGCCUUUAAGUUGGCCAAGAACUUACGGAAGAAAUUCAAGGCCGCCGACAUUCUCACCGUCGCAGAAGUCAAGUGAAUAAGUGAUCAUCCAAGAUUGCCUACCUAGGACGUCCCAUCUCGCUGCAAAUUAAUUAAGCUACCUGAUGAUGAUCAAUUAAUAUCCAUAUACAUUAUAUAUUACUCGUUAAUUAAUUAAGUACUUUAUACAUGUGGUAUGAUACUGAGAUGUAUUUUAUAUGCGAUCGAGAUUCUAUAUAUUAAUUAAACAUGUUUAACUAGA